AUGGAUCAUAAAAUAUGGCUGUACCUCUAUGGUGCUAUAUCGAUCACAUUUGCAUAUUUUCUUUGCCUGGUUUUCUACAGACUCUUCCUCAGUCCCCUGGCAAAUUUUCCUGGGCCAGCUCUGGCCGCUGCAUCAGGGUGGUAUGAGGCAUAUUUCCAACUGGUAAAGCAAGGAAGAUUUACAUGGCAAAUCGAACAUCUUCAUAAAAAGUAUGGCCCAGUGGUUCGCAUCAAGCCCAACGAAGUGCAUGUCCAUGACCCUGACAACUAUACGACACUAUACUCCGGACCGACGCAUAAUCGCGAAAAGGAGCGCUGGUUCUACUAUACCGGCUUACCCCUGUCAUUAUUCUCCACCCCAGACCAUAGAACACACCGGGCACGGAGAAGUUUGAUCAGCCCAUUCUUCACACGGAAGGCGGUUCGAGAAUUUCAGCCUGUUCUUCAAGAUAAACUCCAAUUACUGUAUCGUCAUUUCUCAAAGUCAAUAAAUCACGAUCUACCAUUAGAGCUUCACACUGCUUUCAUAAGCUUUGCAGGCGAUGCUAUGUCACAAUACGCAUUUGGAGAGCAGCGGGGCUUCAAUUUCCUCGAUGAGCCGGAAUUGAUGCCGAUUUGGAAGAAUGGAGUGAAUGCAAUGUUUGGGGGUGCAAGAUUGGUCAGACAAUUUCCGUUUUUGUAUUUCUUGAGGAACCUGAUCCCACCGGUGUCACGCAUAGUGUACCCAACAUUUAGCCGAAUUGAGUACUUGGAACAUGUGAGUAAAUACCGGCUAGCUACCUCAGUUAUUGCAAGUUCACUGACGAUAUACCAGACUGUCAAAAAAAUGGUCAAGCAAGCCAUUCAGGACCAUCGAGAUGGCAUAUUGGAUGACAAGCAGAAAAAAAAGGCAAUCUACCCUGCAAUGCUGGCUAACGACAAGCUACCACCGAGUGAAAAGGAGACAAAACGCCUUCAAGACGAAGCAACUUUCUUUAUGCUCGCAGCCUCAGAUGCUCCUUCGCAGGCCCUUGCGAUCACGACCUUUCAUAUCCUUGACAACCCUGAAGUGCUUAGAAAAUUAAGGGAAGAACUAUUCUCGGCAUUUCCGGAAGUCACAAGCAUAUCAAGUCUAGACGAAUUAGAACCUCUUCCAUAUCUAACCGCAGUCCUAAAAGAAGGCCUGCGACUAUCGAACAUAGUUGUUCCUCGACAGCCACGAGUGGCGCCAGAUGAGACUCUGCAAUUCCACAAUUGGACGAUUCCGCCUGGAACACCAGUUAGCAUGACGAUAUAUCAUAUUUUGCGUGACCCACAGAUUUUUCCAGAACCGACGAAAUUCAAUCCAGAGCGCUGGCUGGUUGGACAGGAAGAGCUCCGAAAAUUGGAAAAAUACCUUGUCCCAUUUUCAAAGGGUGGGCUGGGUUGCUUAGGUCCCAAUAUGGCGUGGGCAUGGUUAUACUUGGUUAUUGGAAACAUUUUACGACGAUUUGACCUUGUUCUGUACAAUACAACAAGGGAAAAUGUUGAAAUGGUGCAGGAUAACUUCAGUGGACAGACAGCUGAUGGCAUGAAUAUUGUCCAAGUGAAAGUGCGGCGAGAGCAUCGUUAA